AUGAACGACAACAACCAAGAUACCCCUUCUGAUAUCACAGGCGGAUGUCUCUGUGGUGCUAUUCGGUACACCGUCAACUUUAGCGAAGAGUACCCGUGGCCACCAAUUUCAUCAGCAUGCCAAUGUACCAUGUGUCGCAAGUGGACAUCCUCCCUAGUCGCCCAAUUCCUCGUCAUAUCUCCCCAGCAAAUUCGUCCAGCACUGAACACUUUCCCAUCCUUCAAAGAGUACAUGUCCUCCCCAGGUCGAUUCCGUGGUUUCUGCGGUGACUGUGGCACAUCGAUUGCAUGGCGCUCAGCUGAUUACACCCCAAUAUUUGAUCUGUACUUGGGGACGCUGGAUGAGAGAUACCUGGUUGGAGAUGGCGUCGUGGCUAAGACCCUCGCAACUCCAAACGGAACGCAGUACUGGCUGCAGAACGCGAUUCAUGGUGUUACUGAUGUGCUGAAGGGGGGGGAGGAGUACCUAGAAGAAGGACCUGAUGGGCUGCGGGAUGCAAAAAAUCCAUGA